AAAAAAGAAGGUUAUUUGUUUAUUUAAGGGUUGAAAUUGUUGAAAAUAAAGGCCGGCUAUACCGAUUUAUAGCAUGUCCGAGACGCUGGAAUCGAAUCAAAAGCGAUGGGGCCACCUAAAGAAAGUGCUAGAACGGCCGGGCCCCUUCAGUCACCCCGAAUUCGAGCCGUCUUCCGAAAUACUGGAUUUCAUAAUGACGUCCUGCAAAAUUUUAGUAAUAGGAGCCGGCGGUCUGGGCUGCGAAUUACUCAAAGAUCUCGCCCUAAUGGGAUUCAAAAACAUCCACGUAAUAGAUAUGGACACGAUCGACUUGUCGAAUCUUAAUAGGCAAUUUUUAUUUAGACAUUCAGAUAUCGGAUCGUCGAAGGCCGAAACGGCGGCCAAUUUCAUCAAUAAAAAAGUGCCCGGUUGCCAAGUUACGCCGCAUUUCUCUAAAAUACAGGAUUUCGAUGAAAGUUUUUACAGACAAUUUCAUAUAGUUGUGUGCGGGUUGGACUCGAUCGUGGCUAGAAGGUGGAUUAACGGAAUGCUAGUUUCGUUGCUUAAUUACGAAGAUGACGUUUUAGACCAGCAAUCCCUAAUUCCUAUGGUAGAUGGAGGUACAGAAGGAUUCAAAGGUAACGCCCGUGUAGUCCUGCCCGGAAUGAGCGCCUGCGUCGAAUGUACCUUAGACCUCUACCCUCCGCAAGUGAAUUAUCCACUUUGCACCAUUGCCAAUACACCUAGGCUACCCGAACAUUGUAUAGAAUACGUUAAACUCAUAAUGUGGCCGAAAGAGAAUCCAUUCAAUGCGAGCCUGGAUGGAGACGACCCCCAACACAUUUCCUGGAUCUACGAGAAAUCUAUGGAAAGGUCCCACCAGUUUAACAUACCGGGCGUAACUUACAGGCUUGUGCAAGGUGUUGUGAAGCAUAUUAUUCCCGCAGUGGCCUCCACUAAUGCUGUUAUUGCUGGUAUAUGCGCUACAGAGGUAUUUAAAUUAGCAACCAGUUGCUGCGUUCCUCUUAACAACUACAUGGUUUUUAACGAUGUGGAUGGGAUUUACACGUACACAUACGAAGCUGAGAGAAAGUCGGAUUGUUUGGUAUGCUCGCAGACGCCACAAGUGAUGGAAAUUAAGGAUCCCAAUACGAUGAAACUCAAACAAUUAGUCGAAUUGCUAUCGGAAAGCACUUCGUACCAGAUGAAGAGUCCCGGUUUGACCACCAUUAUCGACGGGAAGAACAAAACUUUGUACAUGUCUACGAUAAAAAGUAUAGAGGAGAGGACUAGGGAGAAUUUGAGUAAAAGUUUAGUGGAAUUAGGUUUGAAAGACGGCCAGGACGUUUUAGUUGCCGACGUAACGUCUCCUACUACUUUAAUUAUUAAGCUGAAAUAUUUGGUUGAUGAUGUAGAAAUGAAAUAAAUUAGGAUUGUAUUGAA